UUACUUGCUCCUGUUCGUAUCCAAUACUAGUAUCUUUUUUGGUUGAUUACAUAUUUACAUAUAAUAACAGUAACGUACACACGCAUCCAAAAUCAAAAAUGCAAAAAAUAGAAUUAAGAUCAGAAUGAAUAACUUCCUUCUUCUUCUCCUUCUCUUCUUCUCUUUCUCCACCCUGUCAAUCAUCAUCAUCAACAACAACCAUAAUUGAUUUCCCUUUUCGUUUUCUCUUUUUUCUUUCUUCUUUCUCGAUUCUCUUCCACUGUUUUGUGUAUACUACUAAGUAUUCUUCUAUUCUGUCUUGUGUAGACCAUUCUAUUCCAAUUAUCAUCACCAGCUUUUUUUUUAUUUUUUUUCAACCCCACACACUUCUCACUCCAAUAAAUAACUCACUCUUUUCCACCACCGACCUUUCUCUUUUCUAGGGUUUACAAUUUCUUCCCUUUUUUCCCCUUCAAUUUAUAAUUAAAACUAUUUUAAUUCGUUGUUACUAUUAUUAUUAUUAUUAUUAUUAUUAUUAUUAGGUUACCCUCAUCACUCUCACCUUCUUCUAUUUCCUCCGAUUCUCACUCUUCCACACGCAACCACUCUCUCUUGUUUUUUUUUUUCUUCCUUAUCGCUUAAUAAUUUCGUGUGUUUAUAUUUUUCAUUAUUCUUUUUUUUGUUUUAACUGUGGGUGUGGGUGCGUGUGGAAGGAAGUGAAGAAGAAUAGUGUGAUUAAUUAAUGGCAUACCAGGGUCCAAGUUCAGGAUCAAGUUCGAGUUCUGGGUUUCAAUUGUUGAAUUCUCCUUUUGGAGAUACUACUUAUACCAAAGUCUUCGUUGGUGGAUUGGCAUGGGAAACUCAGAGUGAAACUAUGCGCCGUUACUUUGAACAAUUUGGAGAUAUUCUUGAAGCCGUUGUCAUCACUGAUAAGAACACCGGACGAUCCAAAGGCUACGGUUUUGUGACUUUCCGUGAUCCAGAGGCUGCUAGGAGAGCCUGUGCUGAUCCAAGUCCUGUUAUUGAUGGUAGAAGGGCUAAUUGUAACUUAGCUUCACAUGGUCGUCCACGUGGACCCCCUAUCUCCUAUGGACGGGUAAGACCUGCAUCCCCUUAUGUUGGAAGUUUGCAACCUGCCCGUGGUGCUUACGUUGGAGGUUAUGGCUACCAACAACCUCUUUCCUAUGGCUAUCAACAAGGAAUGGUUUAUCCUCCUUAUGGGUAUACGACGUAUGGACCUGAAUACGUAUACCCACAGGGUAUGUACAACCCUUAUGCAGGUCAACAACAGUACCUUCAGAUUUAUGGUGUGCCUGGUGCGAUGAAUACAACUAUUUAUCCUUAUGGACAAUUGGGUCAAGCUAUUCCUGGCGGUCAUGGUUAUACAGCAAUGCAGGGUUAUACAGUACCAGGUCAUCAGAUUGUGCCCUAUGGUGGGUCCAAUGUUAAUGCAAUAACAACUUCACCCGUGCCUGCCAUUCAAGUCCCAUAUCCUAGCGGAAUUGCUGCACCAGUUCCAGGCCAACCACAAUUUAUUGUUUCUCCUCAGUUUAUGCAAGGUAGCGGUCCUGACCAAACAGAUGGUUGAGGGGACGAUUAAGAUAUCCUUAGUUUGCAGCAGGACUAAGAGCAGUGGAACUGCUACUUGAGUGGCGGGCUUCUAAUCUAGCCUUGCAAGUAUUUAUUUUGCAUUCUAGAGGUCAUAUAUAUAGUCAUAUGCUCACCAAGUUGUGUCUGAGUCUGCUCCAGAUGGCGAAGGAAAAUGGAACGUGCAGGCUGCUUAUUCCAUUUGGAUGUUUACACUACUACUGUAUUUAUACCCAAUACUACUCGUACUCAGGAAGAGUGGCAUUAGUAUUGGAUCAAUGGCUAUCAGAAUCGGUUUCUGGCAGCCAUUUAGGAAUAAACUUGUGUAAAAAGAAAAUCAAGUCUUGAAUCAAAAUAUGAUUCUUUGUAGUCUUGUCCAGCAUUGGGUUUGUAGAUAGGUGUCAUCAAUGUUAGUAAAUUGUGUGACGAUGGAUGGUCCAUCACAUUGAAUGUGAUUUUUGUGCAUAGUAGUUAUCAUAGGUUUUACCACAAGACAGUUGUAAUUUUAUGAUUUUAUGAAGAACCUGCCGUUAAUGCAGGGUAGACCAUUAGAAAAGAUUGAAGUGUAGUAGUAAUGUUUAUAUUACCAUCAUUAAACACUAGUCACAUGUCAACAUAUUCUUCAAUCAAUUCAUUUUCAACUUUGUCGUCAA